AUGAAGAAUUCAAAAGUCAAAAGCGAUAGCUAAAGAGAGAGAGUGAGGGAGUCGGGCGGUAGCGCAGCAGGUUAAGCGCACGUGACGCGAAGUGCAAGGACCGGCGAAAAGAUCCCGGUUCAAGCCUCUGGCUCCCCACCUGUAGGGGAGUCGCUUCGCAAGCGGUGCAGCAAGUAUCCAUCUUUCUCUCCCUCUCUCUGUCUUCCCCUCCUCUUCCUUCUCCACUUCUCUCUGUCCUAUCCAACAACAGUGAUAACUACAACAAUAAAACAAGGGCAACAAAAGGAAAUAAGUAUUUUUUUUAAAAGAGAAAGAAUUAUAGAAGAAAAAUAACAACAAUAAUAACAAUAACAACAACGAUAAAACAAGGGCAACAAAAAGGAAAAAAAAAAAAAAAGCCUCCCGGAGCAGUAGAUUCAUAGUUCAGGCACCAAGCCCCAGCAAUAACCCUGGAGGCAGAGAUUAAAAAAAUAAAUAAAUAAAAGAAGAAAGGGCGGAAAGGAGGGUGGAAAGGAGAGUGGAAGGAAGGAAGGAAGGAAGGAAAGAAGGAAGGAAGGAAGAAGGCGGGAAGAAAAAGGAAAGACCUGAAAACACAUGUAGAAUCUGAAAUGGAAUUGGUAUAUCGCACCAAAAUACAGGUCCAUGAAGGAUGAUGAAUGACAUAGUGGGGGUUGUAUUGUUAAAUGGGAAACUGGGGGAUGUUAUGCAUGUACAAACUGUUGUAUUUACUGUUGAAUGGAAAACAUUAAUUCCUCAAUAAAGAAAUAAAUUAAAAAAAAAAAAAGAAAAAGGAAAGACCUUGCCAACAUGAAAAUUGAAAUGGAGGGCUUUGGGCGGCGGCGCAGCGGGUUAAGCGCACGUGGCACGAAGCGCAGGGACCGGUAUAAGGAUCCGGUUCCAGCCCCCGGCUCCCCAUCUGCAGGGGAGUCGCUUCACAGGUGGUGAAGCAGGUCUGCAGGUGUCUUUCUCUCCCCCUCUCUGUCUUUCCCUCCACCUUCCAUUUCUCUCUGUCCUAUCCAACAAUGACAACAAUAACCACAACAAUAAUAACUACAAUAAUAAAACAACAAGGGCAACAAAAACAUAAAUAUAUAAAAUAUAAAAUUUUAUAUAAAUAUAAAAAUAUGUAAAAUAUAUAAAAAUUAAAAAUAAAAAAAAGAAAAUUGAGAUGGUUUACAAAUCUUUUGGAAAGUCUGUUUUCACUAAAAUCUGCCUGUCUCUGGCUCUCCCAUCCUGUAGAGACACAUGUACACCAGCAGUGCUGGGCUGGAGCCUGAGAACCGGGAAAGCCUGAGAAUUCUGGAUGACCCUGCCACCAACAGCUGACCUCAGGAUCUCCAAGUGCACUCCCCCUUCGGGGUGGAGGGGUGAGAGCAAAGCUCCUUCACAGUCACCCAGGAGCUCAAUGAGCUCUCCAUGCUCCCUGGGAGAGAGAACACUGAGAAGCAGGCCCUACUUCCAAACAUAGAGUUACAACAAAGAGGGAACCCAUUUAAGUAAUGCCAGAGGAUAUGAAGAGGUUUUCUGCAGGGCCCCAUCCAUCAUGAUGAAGUCCUACCUGCGAAUAUUUGCUCGUCUGGGCCAAGCUGUCCAGUGGUUCUUACUUUUGGCUGUGUUGAUCUGCCUGCUCUUCAAUCUGCCCUCCUUUAUUAAGGAGCCCAACACCAGCCCUUUCAGGCCAGGAAAUAGAAAGAACAUUCAAGUGAGCCCCCCAGAGGCCACGGAGCAGGUGCCCCACAAGGGAAGGAGGAUCACCAUCCAGGGAGAGGAGGUGCGCCAGGUCACAGCCCAAGGCACUGGAGCCCUCAGAGGAGCAGAAGCCAGAAGGGCCCCGGCAGAGCAGCAGAGCACAGGGCCUCAGGAGAGAGGGGGAAGCAUGUUGGAAACGCUGUCACCCAGAAAGCAAGAGAGAGGGACGGCUACCAACAGGACAGGAGCACGGUCACUGCACAGCCAGGACACAAGGACAACCAGAGGGAGGAGACAGCAGCCCAAGAAGCCCCCGGCCAUGAGGCCAAUUCAGGUGAAGCCUCGGGGCCAAGCCAGAACCACAGGGAGCCCACGGCCAGCUCAGGGCCAGAAGGCCACCAUCCUCACCACUGUAGUAGCAAGGUCCAUGAUGAGGCGCAUCAAAAGAAGUACCGCUGCACGUGUGUCACCUGUGAAGAGAGCCCAGGCCUCUGCACGCAAUGCCCCUUCCCAGAGUUCCACUGCACCGAGGAACCAGGAGCUGCGUGCUGCCAACUUCAAGUCUCAGCCCGAGUGGGAUUUUGAGGAGCAAUACAGCCUGGAUGUGGGAGGCCUGCAGUCGAAAUGCCCUGACUCAGUGAAGGCCAAGGCCUCCAAGUCCCCUUGGCUCCAGAAUCUCUUUCUGCCCAACAUCACCCUCUUCCUGGACUCCAGACGCUUCAACCAGAGCGAGUGGCUACGCCUGGAGCACUUUGCACCGCCUUUUGGCUUCAUGGAGCUCAACUAUUCCUUGGUGCGGAGUGUGGUGGCACACUUCCCUGCGGUGCCCCAGCAGCAGUUGCUCCUGGCCUCCCUCCCAGCGGGCAGCGCCAAGUGCAUCAGCUGUGCUGUGGUGGGCAACGGGGGCAUCCUCAACAACUCGCGAAUGGGCCGGGAGAUCGACAGCCACGACUAUGUGUUCCGACUGAGUGGCGCUCUCCUGCAGGGCUAUGAACAGGAUGUGGGUACGAGGACAUCUUUCUAUGGUUUCACUGCCUUCUCCCUGACCCAGUCAGUGAUCAGUUUGGGCCAGCGGGGCUUCAAGCAUGUGCCUCAGGACAAGGACACUCAAUACCUGCACUUCUUGGAAGGCACCCGGGACUAUGAGUGGCUGGAAGGACUGCUUCUGAAUCAACCCAUGAGGACAAAAAACCUGUUCUGGUUCAGGCGCCGGCCCCUGGAGCUUUUCCCCCCAGACUUACCCCUGAGCCGAUACCUGUUGCUUCACCCAGACCUGAUGCGCUACAUGAAGAACAGAUUUCUCAGGUCUAAGACUCUGAACACAGUCCACUGGAGAAUCUACCGGCCCACCACUGGAGCCCUCCUGCUGCUCACCGCCCUUCAGCUCUGUGAUCAGGUGAGUGCUUAUGGCUUCAUCACUGAGGGCCACGAGCGCUUCUCUGACCACUACUACGACAAGAAUUGGAAGAAAACAGUCUUCUACCUGAACCAUGACUUCCGGUUAGAGAGAGAGACCUGGAAGAGAUUGCAUGAUGAAGGAAUAAUCCGGCUGUACCAGCGUCCUGUGACACCCAAACCCAAGGUCUGAGGGGAGCCCAAGGUGCUUGCAGCUCCUCCAAGGUGUGAGGGGGCCCUCAAGGCUCUCUUGCCAUCUCCUCAGGCCUAGGCCAGGCCCCCAGGCCCUCCAGACUCCCCAAACACCACUUGUGAGAGGAGAAGCUGCCCCCACCAUGGCAGGUGCUGAGCCAGGUCUGGGAGAGCUUAGAAAGUGGAGGCAGGAUCUGUGCCUCAGAGAGAACUCCACCUGGGAGGCCAGGGAUGAUUGACUAGCUGCAGUGAUGAGGCCUCAGUGCUGCAGACUCUGCUGAACAUUCCCUCCUCUGGCCAUGGCUGCCCUGCCCAACCUAGAGGAGAGAGCUGAAGGGGCAGGGUAGGGCUGCACUCCAGACCCUCCACUGAGAAGCUGUGAAAUGGUAAAGACAUUGCUCCUGUCACUCUAAACUCUCAGCAGGGCUCCUCCCAGGGCUCUCUGAUUCUAGAAGAAUCUGCUCUGUUCCUUGUCUUUGAGCCAUUUGACAACUCUCUGGGUUGUAGAGAUCUGACAGUAAUAAACAAUUAUUCUUGUUGGGGACACAAAUAAAUGUCCAUAAGAUGCAAA